GCAUUUUAAGGGAUAAACCAUUUUAAUAAUGUUGUUUCAAUGAAACAAAUUUUCUGUGUAUAUUAUCGACAUCUAAUAUAUAUAGGUUGGUGUGUUAAAACAAAACUUUAAAAAUAUAAUGCAGCAGAGACUAUUAUUGAAAUGUGCAUGGGAAUCACUCGAAGAUGCACAUAUUGAUCCAAUUAAACUACGUGGUACAUAUACAAGUGUAUAUGUGGGUUUAUCAACUAAUGACUAUCAGAAUAAUUUAAAAAAUUCAGAGGAAGUUUUACAAAAUAUAUUUGGAUCUCAUAGUCAUGCUGCUUCAAAUAGAAUUUCAUAUUGCUAUGAUUUUAGAGGUCAAUCUAUGUCUAUCGAUACUGCUUGUAGUAGUUCUUCAACAGCAAUUGCAUUGGGAUAUCAAAGUAUUGUAGAGGGUAGAUCUGAUUAUUCUAUCGUAUCUGGUACCAAUUUAUUAUUGGACGAGACUAUUCCAAAAGCUUACACAUAUUUAAAUAUGCUCAGUAAAAACGGUCGUUGUAAGGUGUUCAGUGCAGAUGCAGAUGGCUUUGGAAGAUGUGAAGGUGUUUGUGUUGCUGUUUUAAAGAAUCUUGAACAGGCUAUUAAUGAUGGUGAUAGGGUCUAUUGUGUUAUUAAAGCAGUAAAUUCAAAUGCAGAUGGAAACUGUGAUAAAAACAACUUUUAUUCACCAUCAAAAACUAGCCAAUAUGACAAUAUUAAAGAAGCGUUCAGAUUAUGUUCAUCGCAGGUUACCGAGUCCGAUGUAGGUUAUGUUGAGUGUCAUGGUACCGGUACACCAACUGGCGAUCCCAUUGAAGUUGAGGCAAUUUCUAUGGCAUUUAAACAAUACCACAGUCAACAAAAUCCAUUAAUAAUUGGUUGUUCGGGUAUAGCUUCAUUAAUAAAAUGUUGCUUAAUGUUUAAACAUCGUCAAUUUGCUCCAAACAUUAAUUUUAAUAAACCUAAUCCUGCUAUAAAGUUUGAUGAAUGGAAUUUAAAAGUUAUUACUGAGGUAGAGCCAUUUCCAUCAAAUAAAAAAGUAUCAAUGAUGAUUAAUAAUUUUGGUAUCACAGGUUCAAAUGUAUGCAUGGUGUUAUCAGAAUUCAGUAGAGAACCAGAGUCUACUUAUCAAUAUGAAGAAAAUAAAGAAUAUUUAGUACCAUUCUCAGCUAACAGUAAACAAUCUCUCAAUCUUUAUAUAUCAAGUAUUCAAAAUGAUUUUAACAAUUUAUCAAGAAAUUGUGAAUUUUUUGAUUUUGUCCAAUACCAAAUCUUUUCAAAAUCAACAAAACUUUAUCAAAGGUCAGUAGCAUUAGCAAACAAAUGGUCAAGUUUAAAGAAUACUGAUUCUUUUAUUAAAACAAAUAACUCAAUUACCUCAAAUUUAAAAUUGGCUGAAAAAGAAAAUAUUGACACCAAAAUAUGUUUUAUUUUCAGUGGCCAAGGUACUCAAUGGAAUGGUAUGGGAGAACAGUUGUAUAUCAAUGAUUCAUACUUUAAAUCAACAAUUGAUUUAAUUGACUCAAAGUUAAACAAAUAUUACGGAUACUCAAUAUUAGAGAAAUUAAGAUCAACGAUGAUACCAUUAACCAUCCAAUUAUCGCACAACCUUCAAUUUUUUGGGCGAAUUAACUUAAUAUAUUGCUCAGGAUCAAUCGAUUUAGACACACUCUGUUAUAUUCUAUAUCAUAGAUCAAAUGCUCAACAAAAAACAAUAGGAUCAGGCAAAAUGCCAUCAAUUAAUAUCAGCAGUGACCAGUUUAACGAUCAAUUUUCAAAAGAAUAUCCAACAAUAGAAAUAUCAUGUUAUAACUCAACAAGUUCAAUUGUAAUUGGUGGUAAUGAAGACCAACUAAAAGAAAUUGAAACAAAAUUAAAACAUCAAAACAUACACUGCAUUCUUAAAUACUCUAUCAUCUUUCCAUACAUCAAAUUUGAAUCAUUUAAACCAAAAAUUCCAGUAUUAUCAACUCUUUACCAAGAUUUCUUUAAUGGUCAAGAUAUUAAGUUUAAUUCAGAUUAUUGCUUUAGAAAUAUUAGAGAACCAGUUUACUUUACACAAACCGUUCAAAAAUUAUACCAACACAUUGAGUCCAAUCAAUUAUGCAAUAAUCUAAUUUUUAUUGAAUUUUCACCUCAUUCAGCAUUAGCCUAUCAUCUUAAACAAAUAAAACCACCAUCAACACAACCAAUUCAAUCAACAAUUUUAACCACAUUAAAUAAAACUAAAGGAGAUAUCAACCAAAUAUUCCAAUUAGUAUCCACACUAUACUGCAAUCAUAAUUACCCAAUUAAUUUUACAAAUCAAUUAAAAACCAUCAACAAAGAAAAUCAUUCUUCUUUAGAAUAUAAACAUAAAGAUUUAAAUUUACCAAGAUAUCAAUGGGAUGAUAAAGUAUUUUGGAGAGAAGACUUUAAACAGAAACAAUACAGACUCCAUGGCCCUGCUAUUGAAAUAUUAGGAAAUAAAAACACAACAUCACCAUUUAUAUCAUAUAAUACAACUAUUGAUGCAGAAAAACCUCAAUUUCAAUAUUUAAAAGGCCAUCAAGUAAAAGGCAAAUACUAUUUUCCAGGCAGUGGCUAUAUAGAAAACAUUAUCAACUCUUUCCCAAAUGAAGAUUUAAUAAUAUCACAUUUGGAAUUUAAAGUACCAUUAAUAUUUAUUGAAGGUGUAAACAAACAAUUACAAACCAACUUUUAUCAAACAUCAAAGAAAGACUAUAGAGUUCAGUUUCAUUAUUACGAACCCAAUACAAAUAAAUGGAUUUUAUCUUCAAGUGGUAAUUUUCAAACUUUUAGCUUUACUAAUGCAAACGAAAAGAAAUUGGAUAUUGAACAUUUAAAAUCUAAAUGCAACUUAACAAUGUUAAACAACCAAAGUUUCUAUAAUCAUAUUAAGGUUAAAACUGGUAUUGUCUACACUGGCUUCUUUAAAUCAAUCAAACAAAGUUUUAUCGGUGAUAAUUGCAUACUAAAUCAAGUUAAAUUUAACCAUAUUCACGAGAAUGUCAAAACCAUAAUCGACUGUGCUACCUUAGAUUGCUGUGCUCAUGGUGCUUUGUAUUUAAUUGAAGAAAAUACUCAUUUGGUUUUUGAUAGAGUAGAGAAUCUUAAAUUCUAUUCAUCAAAUCUACCAAGAGACUAUUCCUCAGAUCUAUUUGUAUUCUCAAGAUAUUAUGGAAAAAAAGGUGAUUCAUUCGAGUAUUCAACCACUAUAAUGUUAGAUGAUGGUACAGUUAUCUUCGAAAUUGAAAGGAUUACAAUGACAUCUACAGUAAUGGUAAUAGACCCAUUAAAGAUUCAAUACCCACAAGAAGAAUUUCAAACAACGUAUUUACAGUUAAAAGAUUGUGAAGUUGUAAGAAAUUUAGAAUUGUUCAAUCAUCAACAAACUAUCACUGAAUUGGAUAUAGAAAACUAUAUUAUGUUUAUUCCUUCAAUCAUUUAUUACUACAUCAAAAACCAAUAUAAAGAAUCUGAAUGGAAUGAAGAAAAACUAGUUUUCUGCAAUAUCUUGACAAAAAGCACAAAAAUAAUUGCAGAUCUAUUAUUCCCAUUUGGAGAUAAAGAUAAAUUAGAAACACCAUCGUCCUUAUAUGAUAAUGGCCUAUUAGAAGAAUUUUACCUCCAUCCAUACUACACAAAAAAUCAAAAAUUAUUAUCAGAAAUACUCAUAGAUUCAUUGAAACCAUUAAUGAAGAAAAAGAAUGUUAUUAGAAUUAUAGAGUUUGGUGGUGGAACAGCUUCUUUAUCUUUUGAAAUUUUAAAUAAAAUUAAUCAACUAUUAAAAAGUAAAGAAUCAGAUGAUAUCGAAAUUGAAAUCGAAUAUACUUUUAGUGAUAUCUCCCAAACAUUCAUACCCGGUGCUAAAGAAAAACUAUCAUCAUUUGGUAUCGAUAAUGUUUCGGUUUUAUUCAAAACAUUGGAUUUAGAAAAUAACUUUAUCAGCAACCAAGAACUAAAACGAAAUUAUUAUGAUUUUGUUGUAAUGUCAAAUGUAAUACAUGUAAUCAAGAAAAUAUCAUUUGGUUUAAAUGAAAUUCAUCAAAUAUUAAAAAAUAAUGGAUAUUUUCUUUUUAUCGAACCAUACUACAAAUCUUUAGUUGGGGAUAGUAUAUUUGGUGUAUUUGAUCAAUGGUGGUCAUUUGAAGAUACCGAGCUUAGAACCGACAGAUGUGGUAUGACUGAUGAUCAAUGGUAUAAAAUAUUAUCCGAAAAUAAUUUCAAAAACAUAAAAAUGAACAAGAGUAAUGGAAUUUCCAACAUUUUAAUACAUUCCCAAAAACAAGAAACCCAAUCUUUUAUCAAUGCAAACAAUAGCAAUAUAAUAAUAAACAAAAUCAAAUUAACCAAUACAAUAGAGCAAUUUAAUAAUAUUUCAAAAGAUAUUAAUCAAAAUACAAUUAUAUACUUUACUAAAACUAUUAAUCAGUUAAAUAUUAAUAAUUUUAAACAAAUUACAUUAGAAUACAUUCAAAUUGUUCAAUAUUUAAUUAAAAAUAAAUUAACAUCAACAAAACUAGUUCUACUAUCAAAAAAUUGUUAUUAUAAAGAAUCAUCAAACUAUUUAGCAUCGUCAGUAACUGGUUCAUUCAGGUUCUUUAUAGAUCAACUGGAUACAUUAUUAUUAUUUUCAAUUGAUUUUGAUGAUGAAUCAUUAAUGAAUAUAAGCAAUACUCAACUCAUAAAUCAACUCAUUGAUACAAGUAAUGCAGAAAGAGAAUUUAUUAUAAGAGAAAACAAAGUUUAUAUCGAGAGAAUAAAAUUUGAAACAAAUAUUUUCAAAAAGUAUGCAUCAAAUUCAAUUGAAAAACCAAAUGGCAAUAAGGAUAAUUUAUAUUCAAUUUUAAAUGAAAAUUUGGAAUUUCAAUUAGAAUCAAAGGAACAAUUAGGUGAAGAUCAAGUAGAGGUUCAAGUUCAAGCAACUGGCAUCAAUUACAUAGACUAUUUGGCUUAUACUAGAAAUCUACCUGCUGAACUCAUUAAUCACAAUUCGGAUAUCCACACUCCAGAAUUUGGAGUUGAAUGUUCAGGUAUAGUUACAUCGGUCGGUAAAAAUGUAGAUAAUUUUAAAGUUGGUGACCACGUCUACACUUUUAACAACAGAACAUCUUCAAGCACUAUAAUUUUAAACAAAAACCAUCUAUGUCUCAUGCCAAACAAUAUAACUUUUGUUGAAGCAGCUUCAGUACCAACGGUAUAUGCAACAUCAUUUCAUAGUAUCUUCAAAGUUGGGAAGUUGGAUAUUGAGGAUCAAGAAUCAAUACUUAUCCAUUCAGCUACUGGUGGUGUAGGUUUAUCAGCUAUUGAAUUGUUAAAAUGGAAAGGAUUCAAAUCACAUUUAUUUGUUACAGUUGGUUCAGAUGAAAAAGAAAAAUUUUUGAAAGAUACAUAUGGAUCACUUAUUACCGGUAUCUAUUCAACUAGAAACAAAGACUAUGUUCAAAAAAUCAAGCAAAAACUAAAAGAAUUAGGAUCCAAUAAACAAGACUUUGAAUAUGUAAACAAUAUAAUAAAAAAAUUAAGUGAAAGUAUUUCAAAUAGAACACUAUCAUUAAUACCAAUUACAGAAUACUCAGUACUCAAUAUCAAAGAAGCAUUCGAAUAUAUAAAUCAAAGAAAACACAUUGGUAAAAUUGUUGUAAACUACGAUAGAGAUAUUACAAAUCAUUUAUUACAGAAUAAAGAUGAAGCCACCAAAGAACCACAACAACCAAUAAUCAAAUCUAAUUAUAAAAUCAGUUCAGAUCUGGGCAAAACUAUAUUAAUUACAGGUCAAAGCGGAAUUGCAUUAGAAAUUAUAAUGGAUUUCCAAAUAUUCAAUAUCAGUAGAAAACUUUAUUAUUCUAUCAAAAUCCACAUUAAAAUGGGAAUUAGAACUACUAAUGAAUAA